ACCAGUCCAGUGUUUCUACUGAUGGGAGAACGUUCCCCUCUGCGGUGCGGAGCCUGGCCCUGGGUGACAGUGGUACAGGUGAUCUGGUGGUCACAUGGUCUCCAGCGCUGGGGGACGUUGAUCACUACGAGGUCCAGAUCCUCUUCAACGACACGCGGGUUUACCCGCCCCGUAACCCUGGGCAACGAGGCCCGUGACCACCGCCUGGCCUCGCUCACCCCGGGACGCCUGUACAAGAUGGUGGUGUCCACCUUCAGUGGACCCAACCAGAGACCUCAGUUCAUCGAGGGCAGGACAGUCCCCAGCCAGGUGAGGAACCUCCAUGCCCGGCCAGGGGAGCAGGCUGCCAGCCUGAGGGUGUCCUGGACCCCUGGUGAUGGAGACGUGGACAUGUACACCGUGUCCCUAUCCCAGGGAUCACACCUUCUGGAGACCAGACCUGUCCCCAAACAUGUCACUGAGCUAGACUUUCAGGGUCUGGUACCAGGACAGCUGCGGGUCGAGGUUCAGUCCCUGAGUGGAAUACUGGUCAAUAAUUCAACAACUACUGGACGAACAGGUCCAGCUGCAGUCAACGGUCUGACGGUGAUGACUGCCAACACCAGCGGUCUGAGUUUCAUCUGGCGCCCGUCCGAGGGCUACGUGGACGGAUACGACCUGUUCCUGUAUAACGUUGACGAGACGUUGCGUGGCCGUCAGACCGUGGAGGCCGGAACCCAGAAGUGCUCCUUCUCUGGUCUGGUCCCAGGGACGCUGUACAAGAUGGAGGUGGUGAGCAGGAGCAGAGGCAUGAGCAGUGACUCAUCUAUCCUAGCACGGACAGUCCCAGCCCCAGUGCGCUCUCUCCACGUCCAGGGUGGUAAAGCGUACUGA